CCUCCGAGCGUCUCACCGUGGCCGUGACCGCCCUUCAUCCGUCCACUUCCUGCUAGGCUCCACUCCCCAAGCAAGCGCACAGCAAUGGCCCUGCUCAAGUCCAACAAGGUGUUCUCCUGUCUGGGAAACAUCACCCCUUCUCUCGGGGUCCUGUCCGCCCGUAACAGCUCAUGGUGGGGCGGAGUGCAGAUGGGUCCCCCUGAUCCCAUCCUGGGGGUGUCCGAGGCCUUCAAGAAGGACACCAACCCCAAGAAGAUGAACCUGGGGGUCGGAGCCUAUAGGGAUGACCAGGGCAAGCCUUUUGUUCUCAGCUGUGUUCGCAAGGCAGAGGCUUUGAUCGCAGCAAAACAGCUGGACAAGGAAUAUCUUCCCAUUGGCGGUUUGGGAGAUUUUACGAAAGCUUGUGCCCAGCUUGCUCUUGGGACUGAUAAUGAGGUUUUGAAGAGUGGCAGGAACAUCACCGUCCAGACCAUCUCAGGAACUGGAUCUCUGCGCAUCGGAGCUAACUUCCUGUCUCGGUUCCAUGGAGGUCCCACAGAUGUUUACCUUCCCAAACCCUCCUGGGGCAACCACACACCCAUUUUCAGAGACGCUGGCAUGCAGCUCAAAGCAUACCGCUACUACGAUCCCUCAACAUGCGGCUUUGAUUUCAGUGGCGCUCUGGAGGAUAUUUCUAAAAUCCCAGAGCAAAGCGUGAUCCUGUUGCAUGCUUGUGCCCACAACCCUACUGGUGUUGACCCCAGGCCUGAACAGUGGAAGGAGAUCUCUGACAUUGUGAAAAAACGUAAUUUGCUGGUGUUCUUCGACAUGGCAUACCAGGGCUUUGCCAGUGGGGACAUAGAUCGCGAUGCCUGGGCUGUGCGCUACUUCAUUGAGCAGGGCCACAACAUCCUUUUGUCCCAGUCCUUCGCUAAGAACAUGGGUCUCUAUGGUGAGCGUGUGGGAGGCUUCACAGUGGUGUGUAAAGACAAUGAGGAAGCUAAGAGGGUUGAGUCUCAAUUAAAGAUUCUCAUCCGACCCAUUUACUCCAACCCACCAAUGAAUGGUGCAAGAAUUGCUACAACUAUUCUCAACACGCCUGACCUGCGUUCACUUUGGCUGGAGGAGGUCCAUGGGAUGGCCAAUCGCAUCAUCAAGAUGAGAGAACAGCUUUCGGCCGGCUUGAAAAAGCAUGGCUCCUCCCACAACUGGCAGCAUGUCAUCGACCAGAUUGGCAUGUUCUGCUUCACAGGCCUGAAACCUGAACAGGUUGAGCGCCUGACAAAAGAGUUUUCAGUCUACAUGACCAAGGACGGCAGGAUCUCCAUGGCAGGCGUGUCCUCUGGGAACGUGGGAUACCUGGCAGAGGCCAUCCAUGCCGUCUCCAAGUAGAGUGGAUCCUGUUGGUAGAACAUCCAAGCAGUGAGGUUGAAGGAGAUUUGAUAAAUCACUUUCUCCUCCAUUUUACUUAUAGUAUACAGCUAGACAUUUUUGUUGGACUUUAUCUGUCUACUGUCCAACUAUUGUUGCUGGUAAAAUGGUUUACUAUCUUGUUUCCUCAGAAAUAAAUGUCAUUAAAUGCAAGUCCCCUGCUAAAUUAAACGUGUACUUAUUUAUUGUGUGGAAAAAACUUGGCUGUUCUGCUGGUUCUUUUAAAUGUCAAAUGUCAAUUUAGCUGUAUAAGUUUCAAGAACAAGUAAAGACCUCCUUGGCUCUGAGAAAAUGUAAAUGUCUUUUAAAAGGUGGAUGCACUUUAUUCAAAGUAAAGCACUAUUUGAAUUUCAAUAUUGGCUCUGCUCUAAUGUAUUUUGGGGAAUUUGAUUAGUUCAUUAUUUAAACGAAUCAAUCAUUCACUACUCUAUUGCUGUUGUUUUGGAAAGUAAUCUGCAUCCUGAGUAGUAUUCACUUGGGCUUUCAAUUGUAGUUGUUGGCGGAACAGCAGUUUUUCAGUUACUUCAUGUUAUCUCUCAAAACAAACAAAUCAUGUAAGCCUUCACUUCUUCUUUACUCUGAAUAAUUUCUAUUAUAAGGACUUUGUAUUUAAUAUUGGUACAGUUACGGUGUCUCAGUGCGGGCCUUUUGGUGUCAUUUUGAAUGUAGAGAGUAUAAUUGAAAGUCACCUUUCGCCUCUGUAUUCUGCACAUUAAAACAUUGGUCAUGUUCAUAACAGAACUACAAUAAAUCAUUGUAGAGUA